AUGCGUCAGUCAACUUCUUACAACGACUGGCACACGCGCAAGGCCAAGGGAUUCAACAAGGCCAAGGAGAUCAACAAAGCCGAGCUCUCGUUCACGCGUCUUCCUUCAUCCAGGAACCUCUCUUCAGCAGCUGCCCGCCGAGAGUACGAUGAGCUCAAUCUGAGAAUCCAAGACCUGCCCAGUGAGCUCUUCAACAUGUGCCUUGAGUACACGCUACGCGCAACACUUCCAGUCCUCCAAAAGCGAGUUUCAACGCCGCAAGGACUUGGCUGGAUCAUGGGGCCAGCUGCUCCAAACGACCCUCCCAACACCUCAAGCGUCAUCUGCGUGUACCCAGAUGUCUACAGACCACCACUUGCGCUCCAGCUUCACCACAAGCUCCGCAAAUCCUUCGCAAUUCAGUACUACCGCGACUCGGAGUAUGAGUUUUGGGGUCCAAAUCGAACCUACGGUGACAAGGGCUUCUACAAGUGGGUCUGCCAGCUUUCCCCGGAGCAUCGAGAUUCGGUGGAUGAAGGCCGUGAGAUUCGCAAGAAGAAGAUUGCGGAGGAGGGGGGAGACAAGCAACUGGAGUUGACGAGCGCGUAUGUGAGGGUGAACACUCGUAGAUGUCGACGCUGA